CCUGCUGCGCCGCGGAGACUUGCUGGGCGAGCGACUUUAGCGGCGAUGGAGAACGGAGCGGUGUACAGUCCCACCACCGAGGCGGCCCCGGGCGCGGGCCGGGGUGCGCGCAGCGGCCUGGCCGCCUACUUCUUCCUAGGCCGGCUCCCAUCGUCUCGGCGCAUUCUCAAAGGCUUGCAGCUGCUGCUGUCUUUGCUGGCCUUUAUCUGUGAAGAGGUUGUGUCCGAGUGCACGUUGUGUGGAGGCUUGUACUUCUUUGAGUUUGUGAGCUGCAGCGCCUUUCUCCUGAGCCUCGUCCUGCUGAUUGUGUACUGCACACCAGUGUAUGACAGAGUGGAUGCUGGGAAAGUCAAGUCGUCGGAUUUUUAUAUCACCCUGGGAACAGGGUGUGUGUUUCUCUUGGCAUCUAUCAUUUUUGUUUCUACCCACGCUGGGACCUCAGCUGAAAUUGCUGCAAUCGUGUUUGGGUUUAUGGCGAGUCUGGUGUUCCUAAUUGACUUUGUCGUCAUGCUGCAUGAGAGACGGCAGGAGAGCCAGCUGAGAAAACCUGAGAACAACGCCAGGGCUGAAGCCCUCACUGAGCCGCUGAAUGCUUAAAGAUGGAGCAGGUGCUGCGGACCAGAAGAGAGCGCCUUCCACAUGACCGGUGUCAUGUGUGCUCCUCUUUUGGAGAGAAGGGAAGGACAGGAGGGCAGCUUCUCAGUGCUGGACUGAGUGGCAGCUCCUCCAGUUAGCUCAGAGGGUUUUUAAUAACGGUUGGAACUCGUUUCAAAUGGAGGAGGUUUGUUAUUUGUUUAUUUUUAAAGACGAGGACUGUUGUCUUUGAAUUGCAUGUCUGUCAUUUGCUACAGGUCAGCCCUCACCAGGCUGGCUUCCAGACCGUGUGUUCUCCGUCCUUUCAGGAA